GUUAUGGGACAUGUUCCUAAAAUCAAUGGGAAGCAAGAGAAAUCCCCUAGACAGACUGAAAAUGGAUGAUCUUGGUGAGUUAGAAUUAUUGUUAUGAAAGGAAAAGUGGAUGCAUGUGUCUUUACAGCACUGCAGAUGCAUAGGUGAUAAAAUUUAGAGCAUGAAGCACCUAAUAAUCCACUGGCAAAGCAACAAAUGAGCUUCUUGAAGUUAAUUUACCUGAGACUUUUAGAGAUUUUAAAAAACACAAAAGUCAUUUAAAUAUAUUUGAGUGGUGGGGGUCUAUGAAUUGAUAUUAUUUCUCCAUUUUACAGUCUGGGUAAAUCCCCAAGACCUUUUAUCAAUAGCAUGUUGGUAUCUUAGCAAAGUAAUGGUGCAAAAAUGUCCACAUACACAUUAACUUGACCUAGCAAAGUAAUGGUGCAAAAAUGUCCACAUACACAUUAACUUGACUUCCCGUCUAGCUCAUCAUGGUUUAUGUGGUGGAAAUCGCAUGGAUCUCCCCACAUGUCGCAAGCUGAUAUAUUAUAAUCAAAGUCGUAUCCUCCUUAUCUACAAUGUCAAUUGAUAAUUAUGCAACAUAAGCUUAUAACCUGUUUUUUUAUUUCCCAUUAAUAUACUGUCGCCCGCCACUUCACCUCAGCUCUGACCUCGGCCCCUCUAACUCUCAACCUUAAACUGUUCGCCUGCAUCCCUUAGCCAGCUUUCUUCUUCUACUAACCAUCUCCACAUUGUACCGAAAGCAUUUCUAUCUUUUCAAAAACUGAUUCAUGGAAGACAUUGUAAUUCUUGCUCGAUUCAUACACUCCACAAAUAAAUUGCACUUGCACUAGUUCCCUUAAAAAACAAAUUUUCCAAAUCAACCGUCAUUUUCCAAAAUUAACCAAAUAGAACAUUGGAUAAAAGUAUCUAUCAGAUGUAAAUUUAAAUGCCUGGCAUCUGAGACCAUAAUAUUGGCCUAAGCAGUGUCCCAGACUAAGACACUGUCAGAUUAAAGAAAGAUUGCCUUAAUAAACCUUUUUUUAAGAAAAAAUACUUGUUCAAUCAUAGAACCAGAAGAUGUCCGUGAAGAUGAUAUUCAACUUCAUCAUGGCGUAGACGACUGCAUGUCCAGAUUUGGGAAAAGUUUAUCAAAGUAAGUUAAAAAUAAAAAUCAAAUGCUACAAAUUGAAAUAUGGGACAUAAAACCAAUAUAUUUAUGUUUCUUAAUACCAGGCAAGAGCCAUAAAUGUGCUUCAUUUUUUUUUAUAAUUUAUUGAAAUUCAUCUCACAAUAAAUAACUUCUAAAAUUUGUGUUGGAGAAUACAGAUUUUUUUAAAAGAUGUAUAUCAACAGCUUGCAUGAAAACUAGGUAAUUAUCAAAGUGUAAUAUGUUCCAUUUAAACUAUGCUCUUUGAAUAAAGAGUAUCUGAAGAAAAAUGACAUAAUAAGCUUACUACAUUAAAUGUAGGCCCCUUUGGGUACAUCAUUUUAAAUAAAACGAAUAUUUUUUUAUUUAUAUAGAAGGGAUAAUAAUAGUUUUUUUAUAGAAAAUAAUAUAUGAGAUUUGGAGGAAUAUAUUGUUAGCAUUUCAUGAUUGAAUAAAAAAAAAUGUUUAGAACCAUAAUAUAUAUAUUAGUGUUAAACAUGCUGAUGAUCUGUUCCAGGUUGUGCCAAGAUGAUGGUGAUGACAUUUUGAAUUGGGCAAGCAAGUCAGAGGCAAAAAGGAAGCAGGCAGGAUUAUUUUGCGACAUCAACCUGCCAAAAACAAAAACAGACGGAAGUGAGAAGAUCUAUAGACAGAUUGUGCGCCAUGAUUAUUAAGAAACCUCAAAACGCUUAUGUCAAAAAAAACAAGAAAAAAAACUGUGAGAUGGAAACGUAUGCAAUUUUCAUAAAGAAAAUGUUAAAUUUAAAACUUUGAAG